CAGUAUUCGAUUGAGCGCCUCACUCAAUUUAGCGCAAGCGCAGUUAGGCCUCUUCCUUUCUGCCUUGCCUGACGACCAUGGCCCCAAUUAAAAAGCAGGCCACCAAGGGUGGCAAGAAGAAAAAGCAGGUCCUGAAGUUUACUCUGGACUGCACCCACCCUGUUGAAGAUGGGAUCAUGGACGCUGCUAACUUUGAGCAGUUCCUUGCGGAGCGCAUCAAAGUGAACGGAAAAGCUGGAAACCUUGGAGGUGGAGUUGUCUCUAUUGACAGGAGCAAAAGCAAGAUUUCCGUGACUUCUGAGGUCCCCUUCUCCAAAAGGUACCUGAAAUAUCUGACCAAGAAGUACCUUAAGAAAAACAACCUGCGAGACUGGCUGCGUGUUGUGGCAAACACCAAGGAGAGCUACGAGCUACGCUACUUCCAGAUCAACCAGGACGAGGAGGAGGAAGAGGACGAAGAUUAAAUCCAUACCGCUCUUUUGUAAACAAUAAAUUUUCAAAAGAAC